UGGGUAAUUUUCUAUUACGAUUACGUAAACUGUCAAAGUCAAAAAUUAAUUUUUUUGACUUCUUGUGAAUGCAAGUUUGGCUUUAUAUUGUCUAGGUUUUUGAAAAACAUUUAAUGCAAUCGGCUUAAGUGUUGUAUUCCUCUAGAAGUUAGCCCCCACUCGAAAGUCUCCCGGUAACUAAUCACCUUCCGGAUAACAUGGCUGCAACUGUGGGUCGAUUUUGUGGAGCUGGUCUCUUAAAAUCAUCUAGCACGCCUUCGAUUGCCCAGAUCAGCUCAUACUCUACGAGAGAUUGGUCUCGAAGCCGAAAAGCUCUUUUAGGAAGCCUAGGUGUACUAGCUGGAGGUACGGGGGCCAUAUUAUUUGCCCUCGAUAGAUCGGUGAAGGCUUCUGAUCUGGAAUUGCAUCCACCUAAAAAUGUAUGGGGCCACACUGGCGUUUUCAGUUCCCUCGAUCAUGCCAGCAUUCGAAGGGGCUACGAGGUGUACAAACAGGUUUGCGCGGCUUGUCACUCGAUGAGGUUCAUAGCAUAUCGUAAUUUGAUCGGAGUGUCUCAUACCGAGGAGGAAGCUAAAGCUGAGGCAGAGGAACAAAUGAUGACCGAUGGACCCGACGAAUCCGGGAACUUUUUCCAGAGGCCUGGAAAGUUGUCCGAUUAUUUCCCCAAUCCGUACGCUAAUGAAGAGGCGGCGCGCGCCGCCAAUAACGGCGCUUUCCCCCCGGACCUUAGCUACAUUACGUCUGCCCGUCACGGAGGUGAAGAUUACAUCUUCGCGCUAUUGACCGGUUAUUGCGAUGCUCCCGCUGGGAUCGCCCUUCGCGAGGGUCAGUACUACAACCCGUACUUCCCUGGCGGGGCCAUUUCGAUGGCCCAGGCGCUGUUCAACGAGGUCAUCGAGUAUUCGGACGGCACCCCCGCCACCGCCAGUCAGUUAGCUAAAGACGUCUCCACUUUCCUUAAGUGGACGGCGGAACCGGAACACGACGAUCGUAAAAAGAUGCUGCUUAAAUCCAUAGCCAUCUUGUCGUUACUCACCGCCCUGACUUACUACAUAAAAAGGUUUAAGUGGAUGAACAUCAAAACGCGUAAAAUCGAGUUCAGACCGAAGAAGUAAGCCUGCGAGGACGUUCCGUAUUUAGCAUGACAUGUCAUUACUGAUAGUUGGAAAUUUAUUUAAUUAAGCUUAAUGAUUUUAUUACGAUGUAUAUAUUUGGAAUUCAAUAAAAAUGGGUACAGUUCAUCCGGUACUGCCAACCGUUUACAGGUUUUAUUGUUUAUGUCCAGUGUUUGAUGUCACGUAAUUUGUUACAAUAAAUUGUACGAAACUCGA